CGAAAACAGCGGUGGAGCCGCAGCCGAGCAGCCGGGCAUUAAAUAGCUUCCUGGAAACUAGGACAAGUAUGUAAGAAGUCCAGUCAAUCAAUGUGGAUUUCUCCUGUCAAAAGUCUUCAGUUUGUCCUACCACAGACCCUUUAGAUACUCUUCUCUGUGCCAUGCUCUGUGGCUCUCAUCACAAGAGGAAUUUGUCUUCAUGAAGAUUCUUAACAUUGGUAAUGUGAUGAAUAAAUUUGAGAUCCUUGGGGUUGUAGGUGAAGGAGCCUAUGGGGUUGUACUUAAAUGCAGACACAAGGAGACACAUGAAAUUGUGGCCAUCAAGAAAUUCAAAGACAGUGAAGAAAAUGAAGAAGUCAAAGAAACCACUUUACGAGAGCUUAAAAUGCUUCGCACUUUGAAACAGGAAAACAUAGUGGAGCUGAAGGAAGCUUUCAGAAGAAGAGGAAAAUUAUAUUUAGUGUUUGAAUAUGUGGAAAAAAAUAUGCUUGAAUUGCUAGAAGAAAUGCCGAAUGGAGUUCCACCUGAAAAAGUAAAAAGCUAUAUCUACCAAUUAAUCAAAGCGAUUCACUGGUGUCAUAAGAAUGACAUUGUUCAUAGAGAUAUCAAACCAGAAAAUCUCUUAAUAAGCCACUGUGACGUUCUGAAGCUGUGUGACUUUGGCUUUGCUCGGAAUCUAUCAGAAGGAAGCAAUGCAAACUAUACAGAAUAUGUGGCCACCAGGUGGUACCGUUCACCUGAACUCUUGCUUGGAGCCCCCUAUGGGAAGUCUGUGGAUAUGUGGUCUGUAGGCUGCAUUCUUGGGGAACUUAGUGAUGGGCAGCCACUAUUUCCUGGAGAAAGUGAAAUUGACCAGCUUUUUACAAUUCAGAAGGUGCUAGGACCACUUCCAUCAGAGCAGAUGAAGCUUUUCUACAGCAAUCCUCGUUUCCAUGGGCUGCGGUUCCCAGCAGUCAACCAUCCUCAAUCUUUGGAGAGGAGAUAUUUAGGAAUUUUAAGUGGUGUUUUGCUUGACCUUAUGAAGAAUUUGCUGAAGCUGGAUCCAGCAGAUAGAUACUUGACAGAGCAAUGUUUGAACCAUCCUUCGUUUCAAACUCAGAGACUCUUGGAUCGUUGUGGAAGUUCACCUUCACGGUCAGCUAAGAGAAAACCUUACCAUGUAGACAGCAACACAUUGUCUAACAGAAAUCAAGCCAGCAAAAGCUCUGCUGUGCAGUCACAUCACAGAUCGAAUAGCAAGGAUAUGCAGACUCUAGGGGCUGGACUGCAAAGAGGAGAAGAGGUUCUUCCAGCAAAUGAAAGCUUUCUAAAUGGAAAUCUUCCUGCAGCUGCACACAGUCCAAUGCAUUCAAAAAAACCAAGCAACCCACCUGGAUCUGGCAACAAGGAUCUAGCCAAUAACAACAUACCACAUCUUCUCAGUCCAAAGGAAUCAAAGACAAAAACAGAAUUUGAUUUUAAUUUGGAACCAAAAGCUUCUGAUGGUCCAGGCACAAAAUAUCUGAAGUCAAACACCAGAUCUCAGCAGAACCGGCACUCAUUUAUGGAAACUUCUCAAAGCAAAACUGGCACUCUGCAGCCAAGUGAGAAACAUAGUCGCCACAGCUAUAUUGAUACUAUACCCCAGUCUUCAAAGAGUCCCUCCUAUCGGACAAAGUCAAAGACUCAUGGGGUUCUAACAGAUUCGAAAUCUGUGGGUAAUCUUUCUGAGGCCAGGGCUCAAAUUGCGGAACCAAAUAGCAGUAGGUAUUUUCCAUCAAGCUGCUUGGACUUGAACUCUCCUACCAGUCCUACUCCACCCCGGCACAGUGACAAUAGAACUUUACUCAGUCCUUCGGGCAGGAAUAACCGAAGUGAUGGUACCCUGGAUUCCCGAAGACCGCCAACAAGACAUUCCAAAACCAUGGAAGAGUUGAAAUUGCCAGAUCACAUGGAUGGAAGCCAUUCACAUUCAUUAUCUGCCCCACAUGAAUCGUUUUCAUAUGGUCUAGGUUACACAAGUCCCUUUUCCUCACAGCAGCGCCCUCAUAGACAUUCCAUGUAUGUGAGCCGAGACAGAGUGAGGUCCAAGGGCUCAGAGGGUGGCUUAAGCGUAGGGCAGGGGAUGGCAGCCAGAGCAAACAGCCUGCAACUGUUAUCUCCACAGGUGCAGCAUAGGUCACUCACACGAUCUGUUGGCUCUUCACGGGAAGACUGUACAGAAGAUACUAAUAGGAGUGACCAGAUCCAACCAGAGAUGAAUCUAACAAGACCUGCAGUUAAAGAUUCUUCCAGAGAUGUUACUACUUCAUUUCAUUCACGGCAAAAGUCUGAGGGUGGAACGUAUCAUGAUCCGCACCCAGAGGAUGGAGCCUCUAGUAAAGAAAAUAGACUUCUGUAUAAUGACCCUAUUCCCAGAAGAGUUGGCAGCUUUUACAGAGUGCCAUCUCCACGUCCAGAGGGUACAUUCCUUGAAACCAAUGUGUCAAACAGAGUCAGUGCACUACCAGCAGACAGCAGCACUGUGACAAACCACUCAAAAAGACAGACUACCUUUGAUCCAUGGAAAAGUCCUGAAAAUGUUAACAGUCAGUCAGAGCAACUCAAAGAGAAAGAAAAACAAGGUUUUUUCAGGGCGAUAAAAAAGAAAAAGAAGAAAUCUCAAACUAUAGAAUCAACCAACGGGGAGAAUCCAAGCAUCAAGAAAUCCCUCUUUCCUCUUUUUAAUUCAAAGAAUCAUUUAAAGCAUAGUUCUUCUUUGAAAAAGCUUCCUGUAGUCACUCUACCCAUGAUGCCCGGCAGUGAUGGUCAGGAUCUUUUGGCAUUACAGAAAGCCAUUCACUCUUCCAGUCUCCAGAGCAGCAGGCAGAAGGAUUGGCAUCCUGAGAAGAUGACAGAAAUCCAGACGCAUAGCCAGCCUUUAAAAUCCCUUCGGAAGCUGUUACAUCUCUCCUCCUCCUCAAAUCAUUCUAUCCCCUCUGAAUCCCGCUUCCAGCCAUUACCGAGUCAGCCAGCCAAAGCUUCUUUUUCUGAAGUGCGAAUUCACCCCAUAAGUCAAACUUCCAGUAGCAGCAGCAAUGUGCGGCAGGAGCCCCAAUCAAAAGGCAGGCCGAUACUUCAGAUACCAAGCCAGAUAGAACCAAGUUGGCAUGUGUCUCCAGUGAACAGGAGUGCUAGUGACGGGACUUCCUACUCUGAUCAACUGCCUUCCAAGAGUGGACAGAAUGGGCCCACGUAUAACCGAACAAACCGAUCCCGAAUGCCAAAUCUGAAUGAUUUAAAGGAGACGGCCUUGUAAUGGCACUCCCGAUUGUACACCAAUUAACAUGGGAAUUUAAAUCGAGGGUUUGGUGGUGGUGCUGGUGAUAGUAAGACUGUAUUUUCAGCUUUAUAAAAGUGUGCAAUAUGUACCUGUGGGGCUAUACUGUUUGGCACCACACUGAUAGUCAGGGAUCAUAUAGUAAAACAAGAUGAAUUAUUAAUUACCAGUCAUCAGAAAUCUCAUUGGAUGAUAGUGUGUGCAAUUCAGGGAGAAGAAAUGUGUUGCCAUUUUUUCUCAUUUACAUUCCAGCUCAGUGCACAUCUGUCUGAAAGCCCGGGUGAGUUUAAGUAUGUACUGGCACUUCGAGGGGUGAAAACAAUUAGUGUCUAGACUUAUGCCCUUACUACAUAUUUUGCUGCCUAGUUAAAACAGUGGGGUUUAUGUGAUACAAGUAUCCCUGUUAAGGGUUAAAGUUGAAAUUGUAUGUCUUAAAUUUGUUUUUUAAACUUCCACAUUUGAUAGGAUUUGUAAUAUUUAUUUAUGAUGAACUAAUAUCGUACUGUUAUAAUCAUAUCUCUUCUGUUACAAUGUAAAGUUAUUUUGAGCUGUUUGAAACAUUGUGAAGCAGUGCAACAGCUACCGUAGUUUCUAUAAAAACUAACAGUAACAUUUAUAUAUUGCAUCAGGAGUAUUUUAUUCUCUCUCUCUCUCGAAUAUAUAUAUAUAAAUGGUAAAUAACUGAUUUUUUUAAAAUAUACUCAUUUAAAAGAAAAGUAUUGUUAUGACACUAUCUGCCAUAUUUUUAUACAUUUGUGAUAUAAAGUGCAGUAUUAUACUUCUAAUAAAAGGGAGUUGAAUGUGGAUAUAAGUGUGACUGUAACAGUAUGAAUCUUGCUCAGCUAUGAGAGCGCAGUACUAUAGGCAUUACUAUUGAUAGCAAACAAAAGUAUAAUCAUUUCAAAACUUUAUAUUGGCUAUUUUGUUGGAGGUAUUGGCUGAAUGUAAGAGACUACGGAACUGUACAGUAAUCUGAAUAUGGUAUAUUCUCCCCUGAACGUGCACUUAGCUUUCCCAGUAGUGUCAAUGGGAGUUAUGCAUCUGCAUCAAGAGACUAGAAAGCUUGGUAUCACUUAUCUUUCUCUAAAGGGAGAAAGUGCCCCUUUGCCACAAGCUAACGCAGAUGCUCUUCCACUUAAUAGGGUGAAGACCAAAGAAAUAUAGCAUGAGUUGCAAGUGACAUGCCAAAGUUGUGACACUUACACAUAGCAUAACACUGCAAAUCAUGGUAUAAGCUUUUAUGCAUAUAUGUAUUUUACAUUUGGUUUAAAAGUCUACUAACUAGAAAGAUAAAUCUUGUAUUUAAAUUUAAAAUGCUCUUGCACUUUCUUUUCUUCCUGUUUCAGGAUGUACUUAAAGCUACUAAAAUAAUGAUAUUCAGUUAGAGGUGGGAAUGGUGCCGGGCAGUUUAAUUUCUCCCUGUAGCUUGCUAUCAGAAUAUUCCCAUUCACAGUCAGUUUCCAGUUUCUACAAAAUAUUAGAUGGGAGGUUUCAAUCUCCUGUAGAAUAUUAUGAAAAGAAAAGGGAUUGCCGCCUUUAUAACAAUGGAUUUUAAGUGUAGGGCCUGAUUUCCCCUCUCACGCUAGUGUAAAUUAGAAGCAAGUCCACUGAAGUCAAACAAGUUACACUGAUAUAAACUUGGUGUAGGUGAGAGGAGCAUCAGGCUGUAGUGUCAGAACAAUACAAUCUUUCCUACAUUUAAACUAAUUCGUUCAACUCUUGCAUCAGUCUGCAGUGUCGCUCACUUUCUGCCUGUUGUCUUCAUAAAUCAAUUGUACUUACAGAUAUUCUGUCCUUUCCAAAAAGAAGUCAAGAUGAGUAUGAAUGUCAUAAUUUAGCCACAGAUAUAGAUGUAAAAAUAGCCAUCUAUUAACAUUUGGAGUUCCUACUUUGUUGCAAAAGGAGGUGAAGUCCAAAAUAAUGCAUUUAAGAACAUUAAACAAAAUUGACACCAAAACUUGCAAAAUCUGGCUCAUAGGGUACAGUAUGUUGUUUCAGGUUUGCACAGUACAAAAAAAAAUUGGUAACAAGUUUGGCAGACUAUAAAGCAGGAAUUCUUGAUUUCUCAGCUGCCUGAAAGAAAUGUGCAUGUGUUGUUUUUUUCAGAUUUUAUCUGAUAUAUGUAAUAUAUAAACACUAUAUAUUAUAUAUAAUAUACAUGUGGGUGUGAAACAGUGCUUUUUAUGUCUUGAUAAGCUCAGUAGACAAUAAUGCAGUUUCUAGUUUGAGAGUGGGGCUCUAAGCAGUAUUGUAUGAAUGUCUGCAAGACUGGUAGUGGCCGGGUUUGGCUCGUUAGUCUUAUAAGAACUUCUUUUUUCAUUAAAUAAUACAUCACUUGCAUUUUGCCUCUAAAAGUCGUCUUACCUUGCUGUUAAGGCCUUCACACUUGGAUAAUCACAUUGGGCCAUUAUGCAGAUUUAUAGGAAGAACAGAAGCCUCCAGUGGAUUUCCCCUCAGCAUGCAGUAAGCUAAAUAAGAGAGAUACUAAUUGUACUGUCAGUCCUUUAACAUCCUUAUUGCAGCUUCAAGUGUGAUUCAGAAAACAUACAGACUAUUUGCUGGUCCAAAUUUAUGAGCUCUCUCUAUCCUGUACCGCAAUUUCCUCUUUAGAAACUUCUACAAACCUUGAAAAAUUAAAACUGAUCAGUAAACUGCAUUGAAUGUAUGUAAUUCUCUUCCUUCUGUUUGAAAGAACGUGAAAUUCUCAUUUUGUGAACUGGUGUUGAUUUAAAUGUUCCCAUAUUUUUAACCCUGCCUAAAUUCCCAACAUUUAGUGUAUUACUAAUACAAUUUGGCUAAGGCUCCCAAAGGAAUCUUCUUAGGAUAACUGAGAUUUGCUAACUCUUGAGUAGAGAAAAGCCUAUUACAGAGCAAACGAUUUUUCAAGUGUGAGCUUUGCUUUUUACUGAGAUUAUUGGUCUCUAGGUCUAACUUUGCUAUAUUAUAUAUUCAGUGGAUUUACUAAGAAUAAAGCAGCGAAAUUAGGGCUUAAGUUUCCAUUCUUUGCCAAUUUGUUUUGCCUUAUGAUGGAGGCCCUAAUGAGAACAUAAAAGAAACAAGUUCACAGGAAUUAAUUAGGGUCAUUUAUACAACUCAAACUGUCUAAACUUGUCUGAGUUUGGCUCUUGUAAACUGAAAAAUAGGCACUUUAACCUCUUUUUAAUUAAAAUUUAUACUCUAUACGUGGACCUAAACUAGCCUUUCACAACUGUCAUGAAAGUUUGCUAACCUAGAAACACAGAUUUUUUUUUUGUUUUGCCCUUUUGACCAUGAUAAUGAAAAAACUAAUGAUAUGGUACUCACCUGUCAGGGGGAAAGGUACAUAUUCUGGGCAAAGGGAAUUGUGCAAGGCUGGUUGAAAUUGUUGGACGCUUUGCUCCACCAGCAUAUUCAGAGGUUCACUAUUCCCUCUGGAGCAUGCACCAUCACUGUUCUGAGUGCAAGUACAAGUCAUGGUCUGAGAAGAACAGUGGGUAGCACUCUCGACUUCAGGAAGUCAAUCUGCUGCCUCUACAAAUUCUCCCAACCCACAGAGCUCAAGACCAACCUCAAACUCUGAUUUCUGCUGCCAGAUCAGAUCCAGGUUAUGAACUGGAUGUAUAGGUUCUAAUGUCUCUGCAUUUUAAUGCAUGUUUACAGACUACCAUUCUCUUAGAUCAAUGUAAAGACAGGCCUCAAAUGAAUUCAUCCUCAGAUAAUUUACAGACCUAUUGCCUUCCUCUCUCACAUAGGUUUCUGGGAGCAAAGGUGGGUUAUGCCUUUAAAGAGGUGGACUGGUAUUAUUGCAGAGGCUUGAGAUUUUUUGGCCACUAUUAAGCAUUCCAGUUGGGUCUCUAUGAAAGAUCAUCUGAUCAAAGAAGUUUGAAAAGGCACAAAAUAAAGACUAGAUUUUUAUUUCCCCCACAAGUCCUUACAAGUGUAAGUUUACUAUACUGCGGUGGCCAUCCUUAAAAACUUGCCACUUGCCUUAAAUAAUCUGCAGUAUUUUAGGCAUUUCUUCUAAUAGGAGCAAUGUAGUUUAGCUAAUAUUGGAGAUGAAGUUGUUGUUUAUCUAAAGUAAAAUUGACAAUCUUUCAAGGGUGACCAUCAGCCAGAAAGUCAAUUGGGUUCCUAUUCUGGUUAGUUGUUCACGAUCCUAAAACAAUUUGGGAGUCAGGCAGGUUUUAAAUUUUUAUACAUCAAAUUAAUAUAAGAACUAUAACUGUGUGUGUGAGUAGAGCUAUGAGAAACAUUAGAGUCGCAGUCAGUUCCACAAGGAAUAUUCUGAAUAGCCAUAAUGAUGUAUUGUGUAAUUUGUGUUGGUUGUGAACAUUUGUUUAAUUUCUUCAGUGUCUCUUGGCAGACACAGACAUCCAAAAAGGGGACCACGCUGUGUACCACUCAGCUUUGCUGUUGUAGAAUUGAUGUAAAUAGGCCCAGUGUGUGCAGUGAAGGGAGUAUGGCACAGGAGACGUUAAGAAAGGUAGAGUGCCCUAUUUAACCAUUUCUAAAAUAUCCUUCAAAUCAGGAUACUAUUCUAGGAACAGGUGCCUUUCCCCAUGCAACUUCCUUUGUCUGUCUGUCAUAAUGUUGACCACUUCAUAAACUGGGGUUUGCAGUGAAUGAGGAGAAAAGCCAUUUAACUUCUAGCCUUUGGGAUAUUUAAGGAGCAAUUUGAAUAAACUUUUAUACAUAGUUUGGUGUUUCUAGGAAAAGCUGGUUCCAGUCAUGGAGCAUCAUUGCAUAAGGUGCUUUUGGGUCAGAUGUUAUGAGAGAACUGCAAAGUUUUUCUCUCACCAAUCAGCCCCAAAUCACAGGAACAAGUUUGGGGGGAAGACUCUCUUGAUGGAAAAAUCCCUUGGCUGAGUGGCCUGCUUGAACACCUUCUGAAUGUAUAAGGUACAAGUGUGAUAGAUUUAGGUUAUAGUUUACCUCCACUUAGUUCUGCAUGGCUGCUGUCAUGAUCAAAGGUAUCUUGGUGUUCAGGCAAUUGGUUGGAGCAAGAGGACCUCUUGGAGACAAUGACUAAAUGUAAGAUGCAUAAGAUCAGUUGUAGGGGCAGCCAUCUCUGUGUUGUCCGUUUGGAUGCUCUCCCUCCAUUAAAACAAUGUACUGUUACUAUCCCAACCCUUCUGCAAAGUGUAAUUCAAAACACAUAGCCAAAUGCACGUGACUUUUGGUGUCUCAGCCCAAGAGACCGAAUGUGGAGUUGAUGGCUUAAAGGCUAAGAGAUCAGGGAUGUAGCUCUGGACCUUUCCUGUCCUCUCUCGGAGUUGAUCUACCUCCUCACUCUUACAGAAUGUGGUCAGGGUUUGCUUAGUUGGCCCUCAGUUUACCAUUGACUUAUAAAAUGUAAUUUUUACAGGAAAAGAUCUAUAAAGUAUUCCAUCUUACACUUUAACAUAAGAGAAUUAUGUGCUCUUUAGGAGCCUAAUAGCAGAACUUCAGUUGGCCUUCAUCUGGAUGUGCUUCUAAAAACCUCUAAGCCAGCUCAGCUACCCUCAUGGAAUCCUAAUGUCAUCUUUGCACUGCUUUUCAGUCUUCCCUUUGUGCCCUCCAUUUAUUUCCAUGUAGUUUUCAAAUAUUGUAGUUGCCUUGUUCUUUGCUAUUGCUCUAGCGCAGAUUAUCAGGGAGAUAGAGGCCUUAUCUAUUACUCCACCCUGGUUUGCUGCUCUACGCAGAGACAGCUAUCCUUAGACUUGCUCAGGAUUUUCUUCAGUUUAAUUUUUCACUUCAUCCAAGGAAGAAAUCUUAUCUCAUUGUCCCAUUUCCCUCCCUCC